UUUAUUCAAAACAAUCCAACGGUUCUCAUUUGCUUGAUCAUUGAUAUUUACUUCACAUCAUCAAAUUGCAUUCUGCAUUUCCUAGAAAAAAUCGUCUAGAAAAGAUCGUGGACUUCAUCUCGAUACUCGGUUUUUCUUUCUAUAUAUUCCUUCAUCCCCAAAUUCUGAACUUGAUUUCAAAUUAAGCAAUUACCCAUGGCGGACAGAUCGUUGGAGCUCACACUAAUAUCUGCAAAAGGACUCAAUAAAAUCAAUCUCGUCGGAAAAAUGGAUGUUUACGCCGUUGUUUACAUCAGCGGCGCCGGGAAUCAAGAUCAGAAGCAGAAAACCCACGUUGAUAAGGAUGGAGAUUCAAAUCCUACAUGGAAUUAUCAGAUGAAGUUUAAGAUCGAUGAAUCUGCUGCGUUACAGAACCGAUUGACGCUUGUUGUUAAGAUCAAAACCGAAGGGAUGUUCGGCGAUAAGGAUUUGGGGGAAGUUCAUGUUCCGAUCAAGGAGCUUCUCGAUGGCGCGUUGACCGGAGGUAAGCCGUUACAGUUUGUUAGUUAUCAGGUGAGGAAACCCUCAGGUAAGCCAAAAGGUGAACUCAGUUUUUCGUAUAAGGUUGGGGAGAAACCCGCCGGAGUUGGUAAAGUGGACGAGCCAGUAACGGCUUAUCCUGCCGGAAAACCUAAUAACGUGGAUGAGCCUGUGACGGCUUAUCCGGCGGGGAAGCCUAACAAGGUGGAUGAGCCUUUUACCGCUUAUCCAAGUUAUCCCGGAGCGAAGCCUAAUAAGGGGGACGACGCUGUUACAGCAUACCCUGCGGUUGCUUCUGGAUCUAGUUCGAUGUAUCCACCGCCUUAUGCGGCGCCAUCUGCUGCUGGUCCGGGAUCUUACCCACCACCCGCCGCCGCCGCUUCCGGACCGUACCCACCACCCGGUGGUGCUACCGGAUACCCACCAGCAGGAGGUGCGUAUUAUCCGCCUCCUGCCGGAUACCCUCAACCACAGACUGGAUACCCUCAACAACAGGCUGGAUACCCAUAUCAACAACAACCGAGUUACGGUGGUUACCCUCCUCCACCUCCAGGGUACGGUGGCUAUCCUCCUCAACAGGGGUAUGGGUACCCGCCGGUGCAGCCACCACAACAGGCUAAGAAGAAAAAUAAAUUCGGUAUGGGGUUGGGAGCUGGAUUGCUGGGAGGAGCAUUGGGAGGUUUGUUGAUCGGAGAUAUGGUGUCGGAUGCUGCUGACGGCGGCGGCUGCGGUGGUGGUUGUGGCGGCGGCUGCGGUGGAUUUUAAUACAUAAAAGGUUUGUAUUUAGGAUAUGAGUAUCUCUCGUAAAGAAAGACUAAAAGGUGUGGAUUGCCUUGUAAUAAUUGUGAUUCCCUAUUAUCAAAAUAGGUUUUUUCUUGUA